AAGCACAAAGCACAGUAAAGUUUGUUUUUAGAUUUUUGUGCCAAAAAGAAUUUUAACAGUUUUCAAAUUCUUACCCACUUCUUUCUUCUUCCUUGCACUUGCACCACUAUUAUCUCAAUUCUGAUCGUCCCUAUCAACUACUAUUAACCAUAAUUCCGGUAAAAAAAAAACUAUUAACCACAUUUCACGAAUCAUCACAAUUUUAACUACAGCUCCUAAUAUUUCUCCAUCAAUCUCUGUCACUAACAAUGCCAUCUACUGAUACAGACUUAGAUCUCAGAGUACCCAUCUCAAUCGGAGAUUAUAAUAAUAGCAACAGCAAUGAUAAUGCAUUUGCUGAUGUGAAUAACUUGGAGCAUUGUGCUAAGUAUUUAAGUCAGACUCUUGUCACCUUUGGUUUCCCUGCUUCUCUUGACCUCUUCGCCAAUGAUCCGGUUUCGAUUGCGAGGACUUGCAAUUGUAUCUACUCGUUACUUCAACAGAGACAGCGCGAUAUUGAAUUUCGAGAGUCUGCUAAUGACCAGAGGCAGAGACUACUAUCAGAUUUAUCUAGAUUGGAGGCAAAAGUUGAGAGGCUUGAGUCGCAGUUACAAGCCAAAGAUAGGGAGAUAGCAACAAUUACACGAACGGAAGCCAAAGCUACAGCAGCUUUUAAAGCUCAGAUUGAAAAGCUUCAACAGGAACGGGAUGAAUUUCAGAGGAUGGUUAUUGGUAAUCAGCAAGUGAGGACUCAACAAAUACAUGAGAUGAAGAAAAAGGAAAAGGAGUACAUAAAGCUACAGGAAAAGCUAAACCAAGUAUUGAUGGAGAAAAAGAAGGAAUCAAGAUCGGGGAUGGAGAUAAUGAAUUUGCUUCAGAAAGAAGGAAGGCAACGUGGGACGUGGAAUGGGAAGAAGACCGAUAAUGAUUUUUAUAAGAAAAUAGUUGAUGCCUAUGAAUCUAAAAAUCAAGAAUUGAUAACAGAGAAUGCUGACUUAAGGGCACUGUUGCGGUCAAUGCAGGUUGAUAUGCGUGAUUUCUUUAAUGCUCCAAAUGGUUCAGCCAAGCAAUCUUCAGCAGUCACUGAAAAAGUUGAAGCUGACCCCUCACAAUCUCCCUUGGGUGGAAAGACGGAUGUUUUUGACUUGCCCUUCCACAUGGCUAGAGAUCAAAUUGAAGAAAAUCUCCGUACUAAAAUGACUUCCAUAAAGGAGCGUUUGGUUGAAUUGCAAGAUGCACAUAAAGGAGCAGAACUCACAUCCGAAGCAUCUGAGAGAGAGCUUGAACUUGAAGCUCAACUCGUUGAGGCAAGAAGCAUAAUUCAGGAGCAGGCAUCCAUAAUGUCCAAGCAUCUAGCGAAAUCUGAGAGGCCAAGGGAAUCUAUUAUUUCAUCGCCAUCUGAGCAGGGAGUAUGAUAUUGCAAAGUGUUCUAUGGGUGAGAUUAUUGAAGGUUGUGGCUGUGUAAGUAGAUGCAUGACAGGUAGCAAGAAUGUAUAAUUCGUAUAUCUUGACAAGAAAAUGCAGAUUAGUUCUCUUUUUGUUGUAGUACUUUGAAAACUUAAGUGUAACUUGUAAGGUAUAGUGUUUAUGUAAUUAGUAUGUAAUCUUUUGGUUAAUUCGUAUAACCAAAUUCCUUCUAGCCUA